UGUCCCCGAAUACCACGAAUGAGCACAUGUCGGACCAGAGACGUCAAAUGAAAGAAAAAGGCACAGGCACAACGGUGAUGAUUUUAGUAGGCUACUGUUCUGCUCUCCGGAAAGUUCAAAACAACGUUGUAUCCUCAUCAGUAUGGUGUCGCGUCCACAGAGAUGUUUUGCCGUUCCUUUAGACAAAAGUAACUAAAAUACCGUUUCUAGCCAGGACGAGGUACAAACGGGAGGUUAUGUUUCCCGCUGAAACAUAACAGCGGUGCCUGUCACUUUACUGGACACUGGAAGGAUUCGCUACGGUGCGCGGGGGAAUACAAUUAACAUAAUUGGCGACUACUCCGAACUUUAAAGGACGUUUUGUUUACAAUUACGCGUGAAUUUGACAUUUAAAAUGUCCGUACAUUCGCAGCGUAAAAGUACGCGCUCCAGCUGGAUUAUGUCAACAGCAUCACUUCCCGUUACAUCUUCAUUUGUGCCUGUUUAUCCGACGCAUUCGUGAAGAUGAGGACUAUUUCGAGUUGCUGGCAGGAUAUUUAUGAUAUUUGAAAUGUCAGCAUUGUCGUGUGCCUUUCCAGGCUGUCGCUGGAGUGUCCUCCUAUUAGUUUUGGUUUUGUUAGUGUGCAGUGCAUUACCCAUUGACGCCUCUGCGUCUGUGUAUCCAUUGCGUGGGACUGAAGGCUCUAAUUUAACUAAUGUCACUACGAAGAAGGCAUUUCCUGUCAUCGGUGUUAAUUACGAUCACGUACGAAAGCCUUUUGAGAUCGCGCUAUGGAUCCUCCUCGCCUUACUGAUGAAACUUGGUUUCCAUAUUAUUCCUCGCGUGUCCAGCGUGGUCCCCGAGAGCUGCCUGCUGAUCGUGGUCGGGCUCCUGGUAGGGGGGUUCAUCAAGGUGAUCGGUGAGAAGCCCCCUGUGCUGGACUCCCAGCUCUUCUUCCUGUGUCUGCUUCCUCCCAUCAUCCUGGAUGCAGGCUACUUCCUGCCCAUCAGACCCUUCACCGACAAUGUGGGCACCAUCUUGGUCUUUGCGGUGAUAGGUACCCUGUGGAAUGCCUUCUUCGUGGGAGGCUCACUGUACGCCCUGUGCCAGAUUGAGAGUGUCGACCUGGCUGGGAUUGGCCUGCUGUCCUGCCUGCUCUUCGGUUCCAUCGUCUCGGCUGUGGACCCGGUGGCCGUGCUGGCUGUGUUCGAGGAGAUCCAUAUCAACGAGCUGCUACACAUCCUGGUGUUUGGGGAGUCCCUUCUAAAUGACGCCGUCACGGUGGUUCUAUACAACCUGUUUGAGGAGUUCUACAAGGUGGGGACGGUCACGGUGCUGGACGUGUUCCUGGGCGUGGUGUGUUUCUUCGUGGUGUCCCUCGGAGGGGUCCUGGUAGGGGUGAUCUACGGCUUCCUGGCGGCCUUCACUUCCCGUUUCACCUCACACACCCGCGUCAUAGAGCCCCUCUUCGUCUUUCUGUACAGCUACAUGGCCUACCUGUCCUCCGAGUUGUUCCAUCUCUCCGGCAUCAUGGCUCUGAUAGCAUGCGGGGUGGUCAUGCGACCCUACGUGGAGGCCAACAUAUCCCAUAAAUCCUACACCACCAUCAAGUACUUCCUGAAGAUGUGGAGCAGCGUGAGCGAGACACUGAUCUUCAUCUUCCUGGGCGUGUCCACGGUGGCCGGGCCACACGCCUGGAACUGGGCCUUUGUCGUCGGCACCGUCGUCCUCUGUCUUGUGUCAAGAGUACUGGGAGUGAUAGGCCUUACGUUCAUCAUAAACAAAUUCCGGAUUGUCAAGUUGACCAAAAAGGACCAGUUCAUCGUGGCUUAUGGUGGCCUGAGGGGGGCCAUAGCCUUCUCCCUGGGUUACCUGCUGUCAGAUAGUCACCCAACGAGACACUUGUUCCUGACCGCCAUCAUCACUGUCAUUUUCUUCACCGUAUUUGUGCAGGGAAUGACAAUCAGGCCCCUGGUUGAACUGCUGGCUGUGAAGAGGAAGAAGGAGAGCAAGCGUUCCAUUAAUGAGGAGAUUCACACAGAGUUCCUGGACCAUCUCCUCAGAGGCGUGGAGGAUGUUUGUGGUCAUUAUGGACAUUACCACUGGAAGGACAAGCUCAGUCGCUUUAACAAGACGUAUGUGAAGAGAUGGCUGAUAGCGGGCGAGAACUUCAGGGAGCCAGAGCUGAUCGCCUUCUACCGCAAGAUGGAGCUGAAGCAGGCCAUUAUGAUGGUGGAGAGUGGCCAGCUGUCAUCUUCCCUUCCCUCUACCGUCUCCAUGCAGAACAUUGAGCCAAAACCAAUUCCACGGGUCUCUAAGAAACAGGAGGAGGAGAUCAGAAGGAUUCUGAGGUCCAACCUGCAGAAUAACAAGCAAAGAAUGCGUAGCAGAUCCUACAGCAGACACACUCUGUUUGAGGCCGAUGAGGAAGACAACAUGAGUGAGGUGCGCCUGAGGAAGACCAAGAUGGAAAUGGAUAGGAGAGUGAGCGUGAUGGAGGGGAGAGUGAGCCACUACCUGACUGUCCCAGCCAACCGAGAGUCGCCCAGGAUUGGUGUUAGGAGAGUCAGGUUUGAAUCGGACAACCAGGUUUUCAGCACUGACCGUUUACCUACGGCACACUUUGAGAAGCCUUCCUAUCCCAGCACCCCUGAUGCGGUCAGCCUAGAGGCGGAAUUUCCCAAAAGGGUGAACCAGAAAACGGACAUAGGACCCAAGGUUUAUGCCUCAGAUAACCACCAGAGGGAGCUGGACUAUCAGAGUCUUGCACGUUGUCUGAGUGACCCCGGUCCCCAUAAGGAGGAGGAGGAGGAUGAUGAUGAUGAUGAGAUCUUCAUGUCUUGAUCAAGCACAACUUUGAAACUAAGCACAAGUUAAGAGAAUAAUAGGGUGAAUUAAAUGAAUAUUUCAGUGAGCAUUUCAAAAGAACAUUUAUCACUUAUCUCAGUGCCAUUGUUGUGGUAAUUUCACACUUGGGAUUAAUUGUGCCGUGUUGUGGUGUAAGGUAAUGUGUUUUUUUUUUUUUAAACUUCCAGUAUCAUGAAAGCAUGUGUCAGUAUUUGACUGGUUUUCCAAUCUUUUUUCAUGUGUUGUGAAAUCAGGCCCCUUCCUUUAGAGUGAGGAGUGUAGGUUUUUGACAGCACUUGUGUCCUUAAGCUUGGCACAUGACAAUUAUUAUCAUUCACUUCUCCUGCAUGAAUGAUUCAUGUUUUCUCAGGGACUGCAUCACAGGGCAGACGCCCAACUACUUCGAGCCCAACCAUUUCCAGCAAGAUAAUACACUCCUGAUAACACAUCAGCUCUGCUACACGUUGCCUUGCCAUCAACACUGUGUCAGUGAGACGUUCAGCAGAAUGAACAUAACCGUCACCAGAAUCAAAUGUUUCUUGAGCAUGGACACUGCUAUUUGGUGCCAUGUGACAAAGACAGUGAAGCAGUUUUUAAUAGAUUUGAAGUGUUCCCUCAAUGGCUGACGGUAACAACUGACACUGAAGGCUGUUGUGUAGCAGGGCUGUUAGUCUGCCUGUGUAAACGCUGCUUAUAUAGCCUAAAUGUGCAUGCUGUUUCUGAAGAAAAAGCCUUUUCAUUAGGAGCAAAAUGUAUCCCAUGCUAAAGAAGAGAGGUGGUGGCUGGGUGGGUGGGGGGGGGGCUACACCUCCCACCCUAUAUCAAUAUUGACCUCUAAGUUAUUGUUUUUUAUGUGAGGGGGGGAAAAAAGUGUGCCAACUUUUAAUAUUAAAAAAAUCCAAUGUUUUGGAAAAUAAUCCAAUUGAACUGUGCUGUUUGUAUGGGUAGGUUACUUUACAGAUCAGCAUCAGGUCAGCAAAGAUGACUAAACAGUAUGAGUUAACCAAUAAAAUUGUUUAUAUAUGUACAGUGAAGUCUGUUAAUUAAGAUACGGUCAGCAGGGGUUUAGUUAAAUGAUUUAGGAAAAUUACACCUCAGGACAUCCUAUCAUCCUUUCACUCCUGCAACUAUUGAUCCAUCACCCAGUGUUGCCAGGUGGGGAGGUUUCCUGCCAUGUUUUAUUUAUUUUUAAUGACAGUGUGCGGGCAAAAAUGGGCUUGGGCAGGUUGAUUUAGAUACGUUUAUAUAGAAAAAACAUUGCGUAUG